GUGGAGCAGCCCCACCCUUGUUUGGUGCAGUAGAUUUUGUAUUUGAGUCUCUUUUACUAAUCUUUAUGGAAGCUAGUAGAAGAGGAUCAGGAGCUAAACCUGCUCCUGGUGGAGGAGGCUCUGAUAAUUUCAAAGUUGCGGUCCGAGUUAGACCAAAGAUAGAGCGAGAGAAGAAUGAAGGAGCCAUUGAUUGCGUCAGUGUCGAGUUGGUUCACAGUGCUGUCAUUAUUACAAGGAAUGAGCCUUCUAAAAGGAGACCAAGCGCCUUUCAUAUGGAGGAGCUUUCUGAAAAUUCAGACUCUUCCUCAAACUCGCAGAACUUCUUCUUUGACAUUGUGUUUGAUCCAAGCUCUAGUCAGGUUAUGAUAUACGAUACUUGUGCUAAGCACAUUGUAAUGUCAGUCCUUGAAGGAUACAAUGGAAGCAUCAUUGCUUAUGGACAAACAGGCACUGGUAAGAGUUAUACAAUUGAAGGAGGCAAUGACGAGAUGACCAGAGGAAUAGUACCAAGAGCAUCUGAUGAAGUCUUUAACUAUAUCAAAACAACCGCUAGCAUUAAAGACCAGUUUCUUGUUCGUGUUUUGUAUCUUGAAAUCUACAACGAGAAGCUAACAGAUUUACUGAACCCUUUGCAAGAUAAUCUUCGCAUACGAGAGGAUGGAGUGGGUGGAGUUUAUGUCGAAGGAUUAUCGGAACAUGUCGUCCGAUCAACUCGAGAAUUAAAGAAGUUGAUACAAGAUGGAGCAUCACUAAGGAAGACAGCAUCGACUAGGAUGAAUGUGGAGAGCAGUAGAAGUCAUACAGUGUUCACUAUUAUAGUGGAACAUGCAAUAUGCACUGCUGAAGGUGGUCGAAUAGUAACCAUUGGAAAACUGAGACUUGUUGAUUUAGCUGGAUCGGAAAAGCUUGACAGUGAUGCUAAAUUGCAGCAGCAAACUGAGACAAAGAACAUUAAUGUGUCUCUCCAUACUUUUGGUAAAGUAGUGAUGUCAUUGACUAGCAGUUCCAGUCCCCAUAUACCUUACAGAGAUUCUAAACUAACCAGAAUAUUACAAGAUUCAUUAGGUGGUAACUGUAAAACGUCACUAAUAACUACAAUAACUCCCGUCUCUUCUUGCUAUACCGAAUCACUCAAUAGCUUAUUGUUUGCUAAAAGAGCUAAAAACGUUAAAAACAAAGCAAUAAUAAAUAAAGACGUAUCACAAAAAGCGCUGCUGUCAGCCUAUCAGGAAGAAAUAAAGAGACUCAAGGAACAGCUUGAGAAAGGAGGAGGAGGAGGAGGGACAGGAGGUCCUUCUAUUGAUGAAGAAAAACUGAAGAGAGAAAAGGAUGAGGUCAUUUCAGAGCUUGUGAAGCAAAAGCAGUUAUUUAGAAAAGCAGAAGAAGAGAAGAUGCAGCUACUGAAAGAGAUAGAAAAGAUGGAGAAAAUGUUUUUGCAAGGAGGAGGUGCAGAGAGUGAAGAUAUACAAAAGGCAAUUGAAGAGGAGAGGGAGAAGAUUAGAAGUGAAGCUGAAGAUGAAUACAGAGAAAAACUAGCACAAGUUGAAAAAGAAAAGAAAAGACUAGCUGAUGAAAAGGAAGAGAUAGCGAAACAAAAAGAAUAUCUUGCCAAAAUGAGAGCAGGGUUUAAACCAGAUGGCACAGCUAGCCCGUCAUCAGAGAAACUCUUCCACAGACCCCAACUGCCAACAAGACCACAACCAACAGGAUCCAGCCUACCUCACCCACCAACAGUUGGGAAUAUUCCUAGGAGAGUGCCAAUAUCAGUCAGACCAGGACUGGGUAUCAGGGCAGGUGUUAUGCUACCAAGGCAUCCAAUCUAUAGUCCACAACAGCAUGGGGUAUCACCCUAUAAUCAAAGCAUCAAUGAAUCGCUGAUGAUGUACAGUACUGCCAUAUCUGAUCCCAACACUGGUAUACCAUCUCAAGUACUUCAGUCUGGAGUUAGGAUAUUUACUGGUCUUGAUGCAGCACAGUGGUUUUCUGCUAAUAUGGAAGGUGUGACUGACGUUGAAGGAGCCGAAAGAGUUGGACAACGUUUGCUUGAAAUCGGCCUCCUUAGUGAAAUACAAGGUUGUGAUACAUUCACUGCUAAGAAAACCUCGUAUUAUCAGUUCAACGAUUACACCAGUGUAGUAUCACCAUACAAUAGCAGACCCAAUUCAGCAAUAUCAAUGCUAAGCCUAGGAGGAGGAAUAGGAGGAGGGGGAGCUUAUGCAGGUCACAGGACUGGAUCAUUACCUACAGUUUAUAGUCCACUCAGUAUGGCGUCUUCCUCUGCAUCAAUAAAUGCUAGCUUGUCUUCGGUCGAUGAGCUACUUGAUCAGUACAACUUAACACAGAAUAGUCCAUCACAGCUACACUUUGCUGCAAUAUCCAAUAAUCGUCAGUUGGUAAAAGAAUUAUCAGGGACAGGGGCUGGUAUUGAUUGCACUGAUGCUGAAGGUAAUACCCCAUUGAUGUACUCUGCAAUGGCUGGAAACAGUAAAUGUUGCAGCUUGUUAGUAAAGGAUUUAGGAGCUAGUGUCAAUGCUGUUAAUAAAGAUGGAAGAACAGCUUUAAUGUUAGCAGCAUUUCAUGAGCAGCACAGUGUCAUCAAAUCAUUACUAAAGCUUGGAGCUAUUACCAGUAUAACUGAUUGCAAUGGAGAAACUGUGUAUCAUAUAGCAGCUAGAAACAACUCAACAAAGACACUAGAAACUCUUAUAAAGUACUCAACGGUUGAUAGCAAAGCCAUCAAUGGACGCAACAACAGUAUUCAAAGUCCGUUGCAUGUUGCAGUAUUGGCAGAUAAACCUCACAAUAUAAAAACACUUUUGCAAGGAAAUGCUGAUAUUGGAAUAAGUGACAGUGAGGGGAGAACGUGCCUACAUUAUGCAGUCCAGCAUAGCAAAACUCAAUGUAUACAGCUAAUAGUACAAAACAAUCCUAAUUCUAUUAAUCUUGUUGAUCUUCAUGGCUGGAGUGCAGUGCACUUAGCUUCACAAGAUAACCUAACUAUGUCACUUAAUGCAUUAUUAAUAUCAGACAAGUGCGAUAUUAAUCUUAAAGAUAACACUGGCCUAACUCCAUUGCAUUACGCUGUUUUAUCGAAUAGUCCCGAAACAUUAAAAAUAUUAUUAGAACGAGGAGCCGAUUCACAUAUUAGAGAUGACAACAAGAUGACGCCAUUACAGUAUAGUAGAGAGAAGAAGCAAGAAUCAACCACAACGUUGCUGUUGAAAUACAAGUAACUGUCACACGCCAUUCACACUUUUAGUUUCUAUAUUAACACAUUAUUAUAUUAUAAUUCUAAUUUUUAAUUAAAAA